AUGUCAGCUCCCACAGGGAUCCCAACAUACACUUCAGCCCCCUUGAAUGCCAACCAGAACGACGAGAGCACUCAAGGCUCAACCUCCCAUCCCGAACCCGCCACCUCAAUCGAGGCGUCCGCUACCGGCACACCGCAGCCUCCAAACACCUCGGCCACCGCUACAGCGCCCUCAUACGCCCCCAUAUACGCGACCGCUCAGGAUGGAUCUUCUUUACCAGCACAGCCCGGUGCAGCCCCAAGCCUCGCAGCUCCCACCGCCGCCCCGGUUCUGCCGACCUCAGCGAAUCUAGCACCAACUCCAACAUCUGCGCUCCCAACCGCCACGUCUCAGUCCCCUCCUGCUCCACAGCCUGGUGCUAUGCCCACGGCACUUUCUGCGGCGGCCCCGCCAUCUGCAUCCUCGUUCAGUCCAUCAUAUGCUUACCAGCGGUCUCCGCCCAGCCAUGCCCCGGCGCCUAAUUCGACGACGACUCCUUAUUCCUCCGUGUAUCCCUCUACCUCUGGUUCGUACUCCCAGGGUCUUCCACUGCAUGGAACCAGUGGAAGCGGAGGCGGUGCAGGCAAUAUCUUUGGUGACGAGGAGGAGCCGGGGUUUCUCACUACGGCGAGGGGAUGGUGGCAGAGUGCGGGUACAAAAUUGGCGGAGGUAGAGGCAGAGGUUUGGAAACGCAUUAAUGAUGCCCAUGGGAAGUAG